GAGAAAUUCACUUUCGAAUGAGCCACUAGGUGUCCCUCAGGACGAAGUACAGCACGUGAGAAGCACUAAUGGUUCGUAUGGCUCUAGAAAAGCAUCAGUACCCGUUAUAGCGGACAACAGAGAAUGUGAGCUCAGACGACAUGUUGGAAUAUGGAUGAAGCGGCGAGCGUCGCUAUGUGCAAGGAACGAGAGGAGCGGGACGGAGUCCCGCAUACUUGGCAUAUUUUCGUAUAUAAGUAGUUUAUUUAUCUUUGUACGUACCUUAUCUGUUUGCCUCAGAGCUCAACGAGGUCAAACGUACCGACUCGCUUUCCUCCCUCGCGACGUGUAUUUCAAUACGACAUGUUUUCCACAAAUGACCAUGAAUAUCCAGAGAUUUCAAUUCAAGUUUCCGACCCAACACCUGGUGAAAGUGUUUCAGCCUCUUGAUGUUUCGACUCGUUUGUGGCGAUCAGUUACCUUCUUGUGCCUACUCAACAUUCAAAUAUUGUCCAGUCACUCGCGGGAUCACAUUCCCGCAUCGAUUGGCCUCUAUUAUUCUCCGCUACAUAGUAUUUCACGAAUUCAAUCAAUCGUUUUCCAAGGCGACCUUUUGAAGGUCCUCGAUUUAGCAGCUAGGUCACUCGGAAAUUUGGUCCAUUAUUGGUCUCUAGGAUCGGGCGGGACCUGUAUGGAUCACUCCCUCCAAACGAAGUUCGACUCCAAUUGGGCUGAAAGGACGAGUAUCAUCUUUCGUUGGCGAAAGGACAAGCAGUUCUGCUUCAGCUCGGGGAUUGGCAUCAUCGCUUUGUGCAUCGCGAGGAGUUAUCGAGGAAGACUGUUCGUACGUUAAGGUCUGUAGUUCCGCGGUGUACUGGUUAUUGGUGGAACUGCGCAAGACAAUAUAAAAGAAUACAAUUCCCUGUAAUUCAGGUCAACAUACAACAGACGCAUAAAAAGGACAGAUAAUACUCACAAUGAGGGGUGGCAUCUGCGAUGACAUCAGGGCGCAAAGUUAAUUUUGUGAUAUGUCGACUGCAGAGAUAACUUGCCGGAUUCAACACUAUGAACAAACACGGACUCUCUGCUAUAGCCAUGCCCAGAAUAGCAAAGAGCGAGACAGAAUAUAUAGCAGCUACAUAUAGGCGAAUCUAAG